AUGCCGUUUGAAUACGAGGGCUUCGGUUUUUAUUUGGUGAUUUCAGUAGCAUGGUUCUUCCUGCACAGCAGAGCAGAGAUUCCAGCUGACCAGCUCCCCCAGGCAGCCCGGCCGGAGUCCUUCUUACUGAAGCCCACAGUGAUGAUCACCAUCCUCGCACGCAACUCAGAGCACAGCCUGCCCUCCUUCUUGGGAUGCAUUGACAGGCUGGAUUAUCCGAAGGACCGCAUCGCCAUUUGGGCAGCCUCUGACCACAGCGUGGACAACAGCACAGCCAUGCUCCAGGAGUGGCUCAGAGGAGUUCAACACCUGUACCACUCCGUGGAGUGGAGGCCCGUGGAGCGACCCAGCUCACACGUGGACGAGGAAGGUCCAAAGCACUGGCCCAACUCCCGAUUCACCCAUGUGAUGAAGUUAAAGCAGGCGGCCCUCAGAGCUGCCAAACGACUUUGGACAGAUUACAUCCUGUUUGUGGACAGCGACAACUUGCUGACAAACCGGCGUGUGGUCGCUGACAUGAUCGCAGAAAACCUGACCAUUGUGGCCCCCAUGCUGGAAUCAAAGAGUCUUUACUCUAACUUCUGGUGUGGUUUAACCUCCCAGGGCUACUACAGACGGACUCCUGAGUAUAUUCCCAUCCGUGAGUGGAAGCGACAGGGCUGCUUCGCCGUCCCCAUGGUGCACUCCACUUACCUGCUGGAUCUGAGACGCAAAGCCAGCCAGGCUUUGGCCUUUUAUCCUCCUCACCCGGAGUACCCGUACGACUUAGAUGACAUCAUGGUUUUCGCCUUCUCCGCCAGGAAAGCAGGCGUCCAGAUGUAUGUGUGCAACAGGAACCAUUAUGGAUAUUUACCAGUUCCCCUCAGACAAGACCAGACUCUGGAGGAAGAGGAGGAGAGCUUUUCUCACACUUUAACGGAGGCGCUCAUCGACUACACCAUGGAGCCCUCGCAAUAUUUGCACACUAGGCCAAAAGAAGCGCGGAAGAUGGGAUUUGAUGAGAUCUUUUUGGUCAAUUUGAAGCGGCGCUCCGACAGAAGGGAAAGGAUGCUGAGUUCUCUGGCUGUUCUGGGCAUCAACGCAACUCUGGUUGAGGCCGUGGAUGGCAAAGCCCUGACCUCCUCCCGGCUGCAGGCCAUGGGCAUAGACAUGCUGCCCGGGUACAAAGACCCUUAUUCUGACCGCGUGCUGACCAGGGGAGAGAUAGGCUGCUUCCUCAGCCAUUUCAACAUAUGGAAACAGGUGGUGCAGCGGGAACUGCAGCAGGUGCUCGUCCUGGAGGACGAUGUGAGAUUUGAGCCCAGGUUUUACAGCCGGAUGGCCGCCAUUAUGAGCGAUGUGCAGAGGGCCGAGCUUGAGUGGGACUUAAUUUACGUUGGGCGUAAGAGGCUGCAGGUGAAGGAGCCGGAGAACUGGGUCAAAGGGUUCAGUAACCUCGUGCACCCGGGCUACUCCUACUGGACGCUGGGUUACGGGCUGUCUCUGACCGGCGCCAAGAAGCUGCUGAGGGCAAAACCUCUGAACAAAAUGCUCCCCGUGGACGAAUUCCUUCCAGUUAUGUUCAACAAGCACCCCAGAGAUGAGUACAUGCGGUACUUUGAGGAGAGGAACUUGAAGGCCUUUUCGGCCGAGCCCCUGCUGCUCUUCCCCACACGCUACACCGGCGAGCAGGGCUACUACAGCGACACGGAGACGUCCACCAUCUGGGACGACGAAGGGACGGAGACCGACUGGGACCGGGGCAGAGCCCAGCACAGCCACGGGGCCCGAUCCGAGGGCGCGGGGCCCGGAGUCAGCGGGAGAAAAGACUGA